CAUGUUGUUGGCCACCUUGGGCCUUUGCACCGCUGUGCCUCUGCAGCCCUACGCGUACCAGCCGCUGCCCGUGGGCUCUGUUACGCCGAAGGGAUGGCUCCUGAAGCAGCUGACGCUGCAGGCGGAGGGCCUCUCUGGCCACCUCGCUCAGUUCUGGCAUGACAUCAUGAGCUCCGUCUGGAUUGGCGGCUCGGGCGACGGCGGGCUGCACGAGCGGACGCCGUACUGGCUGAACGGGGUGAUUCCGCUCGCCUUCCUGCUCCGCAACGCGGGCAUCGAUGAGCUGCCGCCCGUGGCCGGCAUCUACAAGGCGCCGUGGGGCCGCCACGGCUGGAUGUCGACGCUCUGCGAGAGCGGCGGCGAGGUGCGUGGCGCGGUGAUCGCCGGAGGCGUGGCGGGCUACCCCGUGGAGAGCGCCGCGGAGUGCCGCGACGACUGCGCGGCGCGCAGCGACUGCGUCGGCUACGCGGCCGAGACAUGCUCGGCGCCGGUUCGCUGCUGGCACAAGGGGCAGCUCCCGCAGGCGACGGCCGCUAGCCCCGCGGCUCCUGUGGGCGGCAAAGAAGCGGCUGCGGGCGUGUCGACUUGCGCGUGCCACGGCAGAAAUAUCCCGAAGCCGACGCCGGUCGACCUCAUGGGCCAAGUCGAGCGGUACGUGGAGGUCAUCCUCGCGCACGCGAACGCCACGAGCGGCUGGCUCGGUCCCGACAGCAGCCCUGCCAGCGGGGGGCAGUACUGGGGCCCCUCCAACGUACUGCAGGCGCUCUGGCAGUGGGCCGAGGCGAAGAGGGAGGGCGACGCGGCCGCUUUCUCGAAGGCGUCGCGCGCCAUGCUGCUGCACCUUCUGGAGCAGCGGCGGCGGAUGGCCAAAGCUCCGCUUGCCAGCUGGGCGAAGGCGCGCUGGAUCGACAUGGCCAAGUCGGCAGAGUGGCUGAUCGACAACGCACGGCUGACCGACGCUCAGAGAGGCGAGCUCCUCGAGCUCAUCGCGCUGCUCAAGGCGCAAGGCGAGGACUGGGACGGCUGGUUCGAGGCCGUCCCCCGCACGUCGAACCACAACGUCAACGUGGCGCAGGGCCUCAAGUCGGCGGCGGUGUGGUGGCGCUUCAACUCGUCGGCGUCGCACGCCAACCUCUCCAUGGCGCAGCUCUCGCUCCGCCGCAUGCGCAAGCUCGACGCGGCGUACGGCCAGCCCACGGGGAUGUACCUCGGCGACGAGAUUACUCCCGUCCCGCACACGCGCUCCCCCUCGCGCGGCAUCGAGCUGUGUGGCGUCGUCGAGGCGCUGUACUCGUACGAGGCGAUGUACUCCGUCCACGGGACUCUCGCCUUUGCCGACCGUACGGAGCGCAUCGCCUACAACGCCCUCCCCGCCACUUGGGCCUCGCCGAGGGGGGGCGACAUGUGGGCGCACCAGUACCUCCAGGCGGUCAACGAGAUCAACGCAAUCAAGGCGAGCCCGCACGUCUGGCAGCACGACAACGCCUUCUCCGAGACGUACGGCCUCGAGCCAAACUUCGGCUGCUGCACGGCAAACUUCCACCAGGGCUGGCCAAAGUUCGCCAACUCGCUCUUCCACUCCGCCCCCGACGGCGGCGUCGUCGUCUCGAUGUGGGCGCCCGCGGCCGCCAAGCUCCCUUCCGGCGCGACGGUCGAGGUCGACACGACGUACCCGUUCGGCGACGACGCCACCGUCACGGUCCGCGCCGCCGCCGGCACGCCCGUUUACCUGCGCAUCCCUGGCUGGGCCGUCAAGGCGACGGUCAACGGCGCGGCGGCUGCCAACGGCACCCUCUUCCGCGGCGUGGCGACGGGCGGCGCCGACGUCUUUGCCGUGGCCUUUCGGCCGGAGACGCGGCUUGAGCGGUGGGACGGCGGCGCGGCGAGCGUUCACCGCGGCGCGCUGCUCUACUCGCUGCCGAUCGCGCCAAACUACACCGUCUAUGCGCACCACUUUGGUACGGCCGACAUGUCCUCCGACUACUACCUGCAGCCGACCAGCCCGUGGCGCUUUGCGCUCGACGUCGACCCAGCAUCGCCCGGCUCCACCCUUCGCUUCGAGAGCCGUGGCUACCGAUCCGGCGCGGCGCCAUGGAAUCACAGCAACUGGCCGACCUCGAUCGCAGCGAGGCUCCGACCGCUUCCCACCUGGAGCGUCACCGCCAACUCGGCCGCGGAGCCGCCGCGUUCGCCAGCGUGCGACGCGGCCGCCCGGUGCGGGCCCGCCGAGGUGCGCGAUCUGGUCCCCCACGGAGGGACCGAGCUGCGGAUCGGCGAGCUGCCCGUCGCCUUCUUUGGUCCUCCAGGCGAUGGGGCGCGGUCUCCGCGGAUCAGUGUCCAUUGAAUCAUGCUAUGAAGCGAGAGAGAGAUACGAGUCUGCUUUUUAGUUUUUUGAGAGCUGUGGCCUGUGCGCUGUGACCUGUGUAUAUCCCAGCGGUGCCCGGCGAAACUUUGAAUGUUCUU